AUGAAAUCAGCUUCUUGCAGUUUUCCCCGCACGCAGUAUGGAAGUAGUCGUGGAGGUGAUACGGAGUAAACUCGCCUGACUUGCUAGGAUAUUGAACUCGUCGUACAGUAUAGCCGUUACAACGAAGCCCACCUCUGUGGUUGCUCAUCUCAUAGUGCCCCCGUAUGGACGAUGAGGAGGAUGAUGUGUUUGAGCCAGACCCCCACUGCUGGCACACCACAUACCAGGAGAUAAAGUGUGAAGACCGGGGCACACAGACACCUGGCCCUGCCCUGGCACCGCACAACGGCAUGCUGCCCUGUGGAGUCGCAGAGGAGCCCAGACCACUCUUCUACGGCAACGCAGGUUUUCGAUUGCACUUCCCGGCACACUUUGAGCUUGUUGGGGAUCAGGAAGCGAGGCGUCAAGAAAGCGAGGAGGAGCAGAACAGGAUGGAGCAGGUUCCUCAGCGGCAACCUGUGGCCCGCAGUGUGGAAGAAUGCAUUGGCCAGAAACUCCAGCUGAUAGGAGACCAGUUUCACCGAGAACACCUACAGCUGUAUCAUCGAAACCAAAGGAACCAGUGGCCGCUGUGGUGGCGCCUGGGCGCAGCUCUGUUCAGCCUUCUGUUUGACAGAGGGCUCAUUGCGGGAGGAGGGGGAGCAGGACGGAGGUGAGGAGGGGUCUUCCUCUCACGUCUCUUUUCUUCAUCUCUCUGAGGAACUGGACUCCUAAUGGCACUGUCAAAUCUAACACGGGUCUGUUUUUGGGGCGGGGGGAGAGAGAAAAAGGAGACAAAAAGUCGCCGCGGGACGGAGACAACCAACUUUUGUACAAGGUCGUGUGUGGGGUUUUGUUCUUUUGCAGAAGAUGCCAUGAUGCGCCGAGAUUCCUAUCCAGGACAAUGUUCAUAUUUUGGUAUACAUGUGGUGUAGUAGUUUUGUACAGUACAUUGUUCUUGUUAAUUUUUUUUUGCACUUCCAGCAUGUAUCCAUCUUCAAUGACCUCCACAGACCCUGGGAAUGCCUUAUUCAAUGUAUUCUGCCAGAAUGAGUAUUGAGCAAUUUAGACAGACAAGAUGAGAUGGUGAGGAAUUGAAAGGAAAUGUGGUGGGAUGUUUUCUUUUCUGAAGUUUUCCAGGUGAUCAGAUGAGUUGAUUUACUAAUUUCCAAAGAGGCAACUUCUCAGAACAAAGCAUUUUGCACCUCACCUCAAUGGAACAUUUAUCUCUUCUUGUUCUCUUAAUUUUACUUCCUGUUUUUGUUGUCAUCCUCCUCCGUUUUCUUCGGUUAUUAAGUUUUAACACGAUCCCUCCGUAUCAUUCAAAACGUUUGGAACAAAGUUAAGUUUCAGCACACCUUGACUUGUAAUCUAAAUAUCUUAUUUUGGUAUGCAUAGGUAUUUUUUGAAACCGUCCUUCAGUCAUGUGCUACGUGUCAGACAAUUAGAAGGCAAAGCGAUGUUCAACACAAAGUAGAAGUAUCUGGGUGGAGUUUGCAGUACUGUCAGCGACUGGUCUAACAAGCCUGAUGACUGUCAGCAAACCUGUGUACAACAGCAUGCUGGCAGAUUGCAAACAAGCUCUGCAUGGUGCUGAUAGCAAUAUUAAGAAUUGGAAUUAGUGACACUAGAAACACAAAAGUUAAUGAAACGGUGACCUGCAUUGCAUGAGUAUCAUGAUAAUUAACAAAACAACCUAACAGCAAGAAAUACAUAUUAAGAGAAAUAACAAAAAAUAUUUCUUAUUAACAAAUCAUAUAUAUGUAUAUGAUUGCAUGCACCAGCUUAGACUUGAUUAGACUAUUCUGCGUUGUGUUUAUCCUGUUGGGACUUCCUUAACACAGCUACUGGGUGGCUGGAUGUUGUCUGAGAUGUAGCACUCUAUAAGAAGGACUGGGAAGACACAUGAAAAUAUAUUGAGAUUAAAAUGGUGAUGUGCCGAGUUUAGCGUGAUUUUUGGAGGUCUGGGACCCGUGCACUAAAUUCUAGCAUUCAAGUAAAGCACAUUGUGAGUUAUAUAGAGCAAAGUAAAGCAUCUUUUAUCCAACAAAACUUUUUGGCCAAGCCUGUUGUGAUUUUUUUUUUUUUAAAUUUCAGUUUUAUUGAGAACACCGGAUUCUUCAGUUGAAGUUUGCUCCCAAAAUCAACCCCAAAUUCAGCUUCUUCAUGUUUUUUAGAUGUGUUUGUUUAAUGUGAUUGUUUUCAGACCUCCAUGCCCUUGAAGUGGAACUGUGGAUCCACUGUUUUUGCACUAGACAUACACCCUUCAAGAGUUCAGAUUGUUACCGAGCUAACCUCUGUCUUGCAUGAAGGUUUUCAGUUAUGACUUGUUUUCAUGCCACAACAUUUCACUCUCGUGUCAAGAUAAAUAAUCAAUGUUGAGACCAGACUGAACAGUCUCUAACCUGGAUUGGAUAUGGGUUCUGGAGAUUUCAACGUAUCAGUGUUUCAGACUACAUUAGAGUUUCAACAGAACCACCUGCCUCCACUGAAACGUUUCUCUCCUGUUUUUUUUUUUUUUUUGGUUUGUUUGUUUUUUGGUUUUUUUUCACAGCCCACGUGUGUUCUGAACACCAAACAAUACUGCAUAAUCAAUCUGUGAAACAGAUCUUCUCAGGCUACUUUUAUGGGGUUUUCCAACAUGUUGUAUUCUGUUGGGUGGUCUUGUGUUGUCUUUGGUGCUCAGAUUCAGAUUUGGGAUAUUUUAAUACACAUAAUCACCAAUGACAAAAAAGACAAGUGAAAGUGAGAAUGACUGUAAUUGUUGUUGAAAUAUGAAUAUGUUUAAAGACACUGUUGAAGAUGCUGUUUGUUAUAUUCUCCAUUGCUUAACCCAGGCCAACUGUUGGACAUGAGGAGCAGUACAUAUCAGGGGUCCGUAAUUACUUGCUUCUCACCGUGUGUCGAGUUAAUCACUACAUAAUUAGGGUUUCCUCUCAUUUUCUUAAAGAUGUCUCAGGGACGGACUGUGUGGGCUACUGGUAAACCUUGAGAAUCUGUCACAUGGUUAGAAGGAGAGCAGUGUUUCCGCCCGCUGAUUUGUGAUGAAGCCUCCCGAGCUGUUGUCAAGUCUUAUUUUCAUUUCAGUUAAAAAUAAAGCAAAAAAAAAAAAAAUAUAUAUAUAUAUAUCCUCUUGGGCAAUUUCUCAGCACACACAUAAAGGUACAGUUUGACUGAGGAGUCUGAGGCUGACUUGCUGACUGUGGUGGUGACGGGGGCUACUGAGCAUGUAGUAGUAGGCGUGUGAGGUGCACUGAAUGUGGUUGUGGUUAGAGUUUCCUGCGGAUCCUGAACGCUGAGCCAGUCUAUGUAGCGCCCUGUCUCACCAUUGGCUCUUGGCUUCCUCUUUGUGCUGCUCCUUAAUUACAUGGGUAUUGUUCAUCGGUUCAUUUUUCUUUGUAAUUUAUUUUUUAACCUUCUUAUUUAUUUUUGUACAUUUGCCCAUUCCUACUGUAUACGCUUGUGUGUGCAAUUUUCUUUUUUUUUUUUUUCUUUUUUUUUGUUCUCGGACUUGUAUAUUCUUCUGUUGUUUGACUCUGUGCAGAGCAGGUUGGUUUGCUUCAUGUAAUACCCAAAUUGUGUUCAUUUAGUAUCACUCAUUUGCUGAAGGCUGUUAGAAAUUUGUAAUAAUUUUCUUUAUGAAGAAAAACACCUUUGGUCAGUUUGAAUUCAUGCUCGUUACAAUGGAUUUCAGUGGUGACAUGUUUGCACAGCGCAGCUGCAUGUUCCACAUGUUGUAUUUUGCCAAAAUUCACUGCAUCUGUCAGAGUGUCACUGCUUUCAGGAGAACAGUACUGUGCAGAGUAGUGUAUCCAUCAAUAUAUGCAAAUGUAACAGUUUGGAGCGUAUUGACCCAACAGGUAGACAGCAGGAAAGUGCUUUGCUCUGAAGCAAUCGAUUGAAAAUGUUCUGUAAUCGUUUUGAAAAUGUCUCACUCUUGGAACACAUUUUGCCCAGCAUGAAUUCACUCUGACCACAGCUGCUGCCCUCCGUGAGGAAGAAAACUACAAACCUCACCUUUCAAGCCCACAUGUGUUUGAUACUCGAAAAAUAGAUCUUGGGUGGAGUAUUACACUCAAAAGGUUGUGAUUUUCCAGGGAUGGGCCCAACCAGUUCAGACCUUUUUCAUUAUCUUUCACCAGUCAUCUUGGGUAGAUUCACAAUAUGUGGUUGAGAAAAGCAGCAGCUUUGAUGCAGUUUAACCUUUCAACAGGAUAUGACCUUUCCUUUAUAAUUAAUGAGUCAUCAUCCAUCUCACCCGUUUCUAAAGAUAGUUAUGACAUUAGAAAUGCUUCAUAACAUACAGAAAAUGGUUGCCUUCAUAUUCUUCUCAUGUCGCAGGGCGUUCGUUUUUGUGGUAAAUUUUUUAAUCUUGAUCAUCAUGUUGUAAUCAAUAUGCACUGGAAAGUACUUUGUUUAGAUCCCAUGGGUCCCUUAUCUGUUCUGUGUUUAUGUAUAGUGUAUACUCUGGAUUGUUCUCACGAGCUGAUCUUGCCUUGUGACAGACGUCUAUCAGUGCAUCGACAGAGUAAGCUCAGAUCGAUGGCCUGUUUGGUUUAUUGGAAAAGGGAAACAAGCCACCAUGGUGCCCUGUUUAAUUUUGUUAGAAUGAGGUUCCCAAGCUGCACUCAUCACAUUAUAUGUGAGUGUGGAGAAUCCCUAGGGUGGGAUGUGUUUUAUGGAAACCAUCAGUGUCUUGAAUUUUAUAUUCCACUUUAUAUAAAUUUGAAGUUUUUUGAGGAAGGUUUUGAUUUUGACUUUUUUUUAAAAAAAAAAAAACGAUAACAUUUUUUCUUCAUGGUCUUUCUUAACUUUUUAAAAUGUAUUUUCGUAAGAAAAGGGUCUGCUUUUAUAAGGACAGUUCAUGCUUGUAAAAUAAUUUGUAAUGCGAGCAGGAUCCUUUUGAAGUCCAUGAGAUCAAGGGCAUUUUUUUAAUAGAAAAAUGAACUUGCAACAUUCCUUGCACAUCGUGGUGUAUAAACAAAACCAAGCAAACCAAAAUAAUUCAUGGUUGUGGUUACUUUGACUCAUGAGCUUAUAGCAGUGAAAUGUUUGCCCUUCUUUACAGAACAGAUUAAGUGUACAUGUAUUUCUAAAACCCUGGAAUAUGCCUUUAACUGCUCAGUUUCAACAAAGUCUUGAUUAUCACACACUCUCUGUUAUACCAAGAAAUGAGACCCAGCGAAAAUGUAGCAUUUUUGUAAACAUUGACUGUGUGUUUUCGAGACUCUACUGUGCACUCAUUUUUGUGUUUAUAUAUAUUUUUUGGUUGUUGAUAUAAUAUGGAAGUAAAGACAAUUUGUUAUGUAGUGCAAUAUGCUGUACAUAUGGAGCUUUGCUCUACAAAUCUUUUUUUCUGGAUUUCUUGUUGUUUAUUGGUACUUUUUUUCAAUAAAAUUUUAUUGAAGGUG